GUUUGAUAAUCACUUGCAAAAUAAAUGGGUUUGCUUCUGUUGCUUAUGAAGUCUCUCACUUUCUGUUUAUGGACAACCCCCAAUUGAGAGACGGCCAAAGCUUCAAUACCCAACACCAUGUACUUGUCUGAAAAGCCUCACCCAAUUGAUUUUCACAAAAACGACGAAGCAGACAUGAUGAUCGAGGUGGUCUCGAGUGAGGAUCUCUCGCAGACCCAUCACCCAAAUCAUCAUCAGCAUCAUCAGCAGCCUAACCAAUUGCUGCUACUGGGUGACAGCAGCGGGGAGGACCACGAAGCGAAGCCGCAGCAGCAGAAGAAAAGAGCCGAGACAUGGGUGCAGGACGAGACUCGGAGUCUGAUAGCUCUGCGGAGAGAGAUGGACGGCUUGUUCAACACUUCCAAGUCGAACAAGCAUUUGUGGGAGCAGAUUUCGGCGAAAAUGAGGGAGAAAGGGUUCGACAGGAACCCGAAUAUGUGCACUGAUAAGUGGAGGAACUUGCUUAAGGAGUUCAAGAAGGCUAAGCAUCAUCAGGAUAAGGGGAGUGGGUCGGCCAAGAUGUCGUAUUAUAAAGAGAUUGAGGAGAUUUUGAAGGACAGGAACAAGAAUGGGCAGUAUAAAAGUCCUACUCCACCCAAGGUUGAUUCUUUCAUGCAGUUUUCGGAUAAAGGGAUGGAAGAUACAAACAUUUCCUUUGCACAUGUGGAAGCUAAUGGCAGGCCAACACUCAAUCUCGAGACAGGUUUGGACCAUGAUGGUCAUCCUCUUGCCAUUACUGUAGCUGAUGCAGUUGCAGUGAACGGAGGUGCACCUUGGAAUUGGAGAGAAACCCCUGAAAAUGGUGGGGAGAAUCAAUCAUAUGGAGGGAGAGUCAUAGUAGUAACCUGGGGUGAUUAUACUAGGAGGAUAGGAAUUGAUGGCUCAGCAGAUGCCAUUAAGGAGGCCAUCAAGUCUGCUUUUAGGUUGAGAACAAAACGUGCCUUCUGGUUGGAGGAUGAAGACCAGAUUGUCCGAAGUCUUGACAGGGACAUGCCUCUGGGAAGUUACACCCUUCAUCUUGACGAAGGUAUGGCCGUGAAAGUUUGCCUGUAUGAUGAGCCAGACAACAUACCGGUACAUACAGAGGAGAAGAUUUUUUACACUGAAGAUGAUUAUCGUGAAUUCCUAACCCGUCGUGGGUGGACAUGUUUGCGGGAGUUUGAUGGGUAUAGAAAUAUUGAAAAUAUGGAUGAUCUCCGACCUGGUGCAAUAUAUCGUGGUUUAAGUUGAGGGCAAAGCAUGUGUCUUUAUAUUAUUUUCUCCUUGGAUGCGGGUGGAUUUGGUGUGUUCAAUUAUGUAGAUUACUCCAUUUGUACGGUAGAUAGAACAAUAACCAAGAGCUGGUACAGAUUCUGUUCUUGCACAUAACCUGUAAAUGUCUUUGUUUUGAGUUACAAAUUGGGAUGUGAAAUCCACAAACCCCG